AUGCGCAGCCGCAGCCCCGGCCAGCUGGCGGCCAGCUCGGCGCGCAAGAAGUACACGUACGCGGCCUUCUUCCUGGUGCUGAGCCUGGUGGCCUUUUGCAUCCAGACGGAGCUGAGCGCCUACAUCCAGGGCGACCUGGGCUGGGACAAGGCCUACUGCAUGAUGUUCUUCACGCACAGCUCCUGGGUGCUCAUGUGGCCCGCCCAGCUGCUCAUCCUGCGCCUGCAGAAGCGCGACAUGCCCUGGCCGGCCUUUUGGCGCCGCCACCUGCAGCUCGUCCGCUCCACGGCCCUCAUGGUCGAGCUGCAGACGCUCGACGUCUUUGGCCUGCAGCGGCCCGCGGCCAAGAGCGUGCGCUACCUGGCCCGCACCACGGCCUUUAUCACCACGGCCCUGACCGUCGCCGGCCUGAGCUGGUACCUCGCCGUCAGCCUCACCACCCCGUCCGACCUCACCGCCAUCUACAACUGCUCCGCCUUCUUUGCCUACGCCUUCUCCGUCCCGCUGCUCAAGGAGCCGCUGCGACUGGACAAGUCGGUGGCCGUCAUCAUCGCCAUCAUCGGCGUCCUGGUCGUGGCCUAUGGCGACACUGGAGGAUCCGGAACCGAAUCCGACGCGCAGUCGGGCCAGGGCGGCGAGGGUGAUGCCGACGUGGAUGCCGGCAGCCGCUUCCUGGGCAACAUCAUCAUCGGCGUCGGCUCCGUGCUCUACGGGCUAUACGAGGUGCUGUACAAGCGCUUCGCCUGCCCUCCCGACGGCGUGUCGCCCGGCCGGGGCAUGAUUUUCGCAAACACAUUCGGCUCCUGCAUCGGCCUCUUCACCCUCACCGUGCUCUGGAUCCCGCUGCCCAUCCUGCACUGGCUGGGGCUGGAGAUUUUCGAGAUGCCCGAUGCGUCCACAUGCUGGCUGAUUCUCUUCGCCGUGCUGGCCAACGCCACGUUUAGCGCGUCGUUCCUCAUCCUCAUCUCGCUCACGUCGCCCGUGCUGUCGUCCGUGGCGGCGCUGCUGACCAUUUUCAUCGUGGCGAUUGCCGACUGGUUCAUCACGGGCCAGCCCCUGAGCCCGGCGGCGGUGCUCGGCGGGUCCAUGAUCAUCGUCGCCUUUGGGGCGCUGAGCUGGAGCACGUACCGCGAGAUGAUGGAGCACGAGAUGGAGAAGCGGAGGGUGGAUCUCACGGACAGCGAUGAGGAUGGGGACUUGAGCAGCCAUGAGGACUGA